UCCAGCAUCCAAACAGCUGCAAAGUGAGCAGUCACUUGAACUGCAUCAUUGCUUGCCUUCUGAAUCAAGCAGCAAGAAGACAUUCAAAGCAAAGGAAAAUCUUUCAAGUGGGACUGCUCCUACAAGUUCAUCUGUUUCAAAAGCUGUGGAAAGGAGGCGUUGGAUUCUGGCUAGUGGUUUAAUUUGUUGUGGCAGGCAACAAUUACAAAUACAUCCAGUAUUUCAGCACUGAUCCUUAUGAUAAACCCCACGGAUCUAACUUACACAUUUGAAGAAUGGACUGGAGCAAAGUAUGUGCAGGAAUAUUUUCUUCUGGGACUCAGCUGGUUGCUGACAGCAUUAUUAGCAGUUCCUUUGUGGAUUUUAUGCUAUAUGUACCUAUCCGCUUUAAUUGUUCAGAUCUUUGACAAGACUUCUCAAUUAACAGAAAAUUCAUCCAACAAAUUACAAAGAAUAUGCAUUUUGGUUUUGGCACAUCUUUGGGACAUCUUUGGGAAAAUAUGGCAUGGUUACGAACUACAUGGUCUAGAAAAUGUACCAGAUGGACCAGCUCUUGUCAUUUAUUACCACGCUGCGCUUCCUGUAGACUAUAUUUUCUUUAUAUCAAGGCUCUUUCUUCAAAAGAAGAUAUUUUGUCGUACAGUGGUUGAUCGUUUUGUUUUUAAACUGCCAGGCUAUAGAAGACUUCUAGAAGCAUUACGUAUGUUUACUGGCAUGAAGAAAGAUUGUCUCACUCUUUUGAAAGAUGGCCAUUUGGUGUCUAUUUCACCAGGGGGAUCACGAGAAGCUCUCUUUAGUGAUGACACCUAUAAAAUCAUGUGGUGCAACCGUACAGGAUUUGCUCAAGUUGCAAUAGAUGCAAAAGUGCCCAUCAUUCCUAUGUUUACACAGAAUGUCCGUGAGGCAUACAAGACGUUAGGAGAUAUACGAGUACUGAAACGUCUGUAUGAAUACAGCCGGUGGCCACUGUCUCCUGUAUAUGGAGGAUUUCCAGUCAAAUUGCGCACAUAUCUAGGAGAACCAAUUCCAUAUGAUUCAAACAUAACUGCUGAAGAGCUGGCUGAAAAGACAAAGAUUGCCAUCCAGGAUUUAAUAUACAAACACCAAAAACUACCAGCAAAUACAGUAAGAGCACUACUGGAACGAUUUGAUGGCAAGAGUAAGGAAGACUAACUAUGCUGAACAUACCAUGUGCACAUAUUUGCUGAAGAUAUGAUCAACACUGUAGUUACUGUAUCUUGUUAUACCCAUUCUCUUUAUUAAACUACUAUAAUGUAAGUUGUCAAGGCCUUUGCCAGAUGUUUCCUAAUAAU